UGGCGGGACAAGGGGACUAUUGAAUUUUAUGAUUGUAGACAGGGGGGAAGAGAUGAAGAAAGAGGGGCGUUUGAAUAAUUCUAAAUGCCAGGGUAGGAAAUACAGCCAAAGAGGCCACAUUAUCCAAAAGGGAGUACGUUUUGUCAGUGUUCACAGUGCACAUCAACUUGAAAAUAAUUUUAUUAUUUUCAUUUAUUUAUUAUUUUCUUAUAUAGUGUAUAUUUAUUUAUUAAUUGUGAUUAAUACUAGUUAAUAGAAUUAUUGUGAAAAAUUGGAGCAAGUUUUUUUUGGUGAAAAUACAAUUUUACUUGAUGAAAUAUCAUUAUUUAUUGGAUUAAUACGCUGAUUGGUGAAUUUUUAAGUGUGUGUGUCAGUCAUACUAUGGAUGUGUAUGCAUCUGUGUUGAUUUAAGCAUUACUGCGCAAUCGCAAUGUUUUGAAUAAAAUUCAAAAUUAAAAAAUAUUAUAAAAUAAAUAAAAAUGGCAAAAAAAAGAAUUUUGUAAUUUUUUAAAAAUUAUUUAAAAAAAAUAUAUGAUAUAAAAAACACACAAUAGUUGUGUCAGAAUAUUUUAAAUAUUCUAAUAAAUAAAUAAAAAAGGAAAAAAAUAUUUAUCAACAAAAUGAGUGAAGUCAAGCAGAUAGAUAUGGCUCAACAGCAACAAAAUGUUCAAGAUCAACAACAACAACAACAACAACAGCAGCAGCAAGCUCAACAGCAACAACAACAAGCUCAACAGCAAGCUCAGCAACAACAACAAGCCCAACAACAAGCUCAGCAACAAGCCCAACAGCAGCAACAAGCUCAAAGUCAACAAUUGCAGCCUCAACAAAUUCAACCACAACAAAUACAACCUCAACAAAUUCAGCCACAACAACAAAUGCAAGUUCAACAAGUUCAACAAGUCCAACAACAACAGCAGCAACAACAGCAACAAGCAAAUGCACAGCAUAAUGUAACACAAGUUCAAGUUCAACCUCAAGUUGCAGCAAGCAUGUCACAACAGCUACAAAAUGCAGUUGCAGUGUCAAUGCAACAUCAACAACAACAAGGUGUUGGUAGUGUAUCAAUGUCAUUAUCUGGUCAACAAGGUGCAACAACAAUGACAACAAUGGCUGCACAUCCACAAGCAGUACAAGUUAUACAACAACCAAUGCAAAGUCAAGCAUAUCAUUUACAACAAUUAUAUACAAAUCCACAAGGACAACAAAUAUUAAUGCCUGGUAAUUUAACAUUACAUCCAGCUGGUUUAAAUCCAUCAUCAAUACAAGUUAUAACUGCUGGUAAACCAUUUCAAUCUGGUGGACAAUUAACACCACAUAUGUUAACAACAACAGCACAAGGACAAAAUGGUGGUCAUGGUGGUCCUGGUAAUAAAGUACAAGGUUUUCCAACUGGUUAUUUACCAGUACCAACAUCUGGUAAUCCUGGUGGUGGACAAACACUUGUAUUUGGACAAUUAGGUGUAUUAGGAUCACCACAACAACAACAAGCAUUACAACAACAACAGCAACAACAACAACAACAAAAUACAAAUAAAACUGAUCAAAAAUAUACAUGUACAACUAAUAAUCAAACUGGUACUAGAACUGGUGGUAUGCAAUUUGCAACACCAUGGCAAUUUGCACAACCAGUAUGGACUGGUAUACAACCACCUGGUACAACAUUACUUGCUGCACCAAAUCCAAUAUUUAUAAGAGGUCCAACUCAAAAUGACAUGUAUAUUCAAAGUCCACAAACAAUUCAAACACACAAUGCUUUGGCAACACAACAACAAAUUCAAAAUGUUCAACAAAUUGCUGCUGGUAAACCUAGAGUUAUGGAUAUACAACAACAACAACAAUCACAAGGUAAACAAACUGGUGGUGGACAAAGACCACUAAGUAUAUUACCAUCAUCAUUACAAGGUGUUCAAGGUGCAAAUAUACGUCCAGCAAGUUCAGUAUCAACUCAAACUGUUCAUGGAGUACAGACAACGGUACAGAGUGGCAAGGGCAGUGGAAGUGGUGGUAAAGGCCGUGGUAAGCCAGUGGUUCGCACAAGUCCCGGCACAAAUUCUACUCAAUUAACAACAAAAGCUGAUGCAUCAAAUCAAACCAAAUCAAAUGUACAUCAUGCAACAAUGAUAAUGCAACAACAAACGUUAUCUGGCAACAAUAAUGGCAACAAUUCCAAAGUAUUAAUAACAACAAAUACACCGGUGGUAACUUCUGCGCAACCACCUGGCUCACCCAUGUCCACAACUGACAAGCAAAAUUUUGGACAACAAAACAAAACAGUAAUGCAAUCACCACAACAGCAGCAGCAGCAGCAGCAGCAAGUUCAGCAGCAGCAGCAACAACAACAGCAAGCUCAACAACAACAGCAAGCACAACAGCAAGCUCAACAACAGCAACAAGCACAACAACAGCAUCAACAACAAGUACAGCAACAAGUUCAACAACAGGUACAACAACAAGUUCAACAGGCAAUGCAACCACAGUAUCAACAAAUGAUUAUGCAACAAAUGCAUCAAUUUCAUCAACAUCAACAACAGCAACAGUUACAACAGCAGUAUCAACAACAGCAACAGCAGCAACAACAACAGCAGCAACAGCAACAACAAGCAGCACAAAAUGCACAACAACAAAUACAACCUAAACCAAUGAUGGGUAUGGCUUUACCAACUCAACAACAACAGGGUGUUGUUCUUGGUACUGAUAGACCAAUAAUGCCAGUUGUAUCAAUGAGUGGCGUUGGUGUUGGUGUUGCAACAGCAUUACAAAUGAAUCAAGUACAAUCACCAAUGGGAACUGUUCAACAAAUAUCAAUGCCAAUGAUUGGUGGUCCAACACAAGUACAAGCAAUACCAAUUAUGACACAAGCACCAGAACAACAACAACAACAAGCACAAUUGCAAUCAUUAACUCAACAAUCAACACAAUCAUCACAACAAACUGAUAAUUCAACUAUGAUUAUUACAACACCAGAUAGAUCACAACAAAAUGAUAUACAAAGUAUCAUACAACAAAAAAAUACUACAACUACAACAACAACAACAAAUACUGAUGAUAAUAAUAAAAUAGUUAAAAAAGAAGAUAAUGAUACAAAAGAAAAUUCAAAUCCAUCAAGUCAAACUGAGGCAAAUAAAAAAUUAAAAGAAGAAUUAAAAACUGAUGAUAAAUCAUCAAAUCCAUUGACAAAUUUAGCAAAUGCUGUUAAUUCAAUAACAAAUGGUAAUGAUGAACCAUCAACAGCAUCAACACCAUUAUCAGCUACAAGUAAACAUGCAUUACCAAAAGCACUUGUUAAACCACAAGUAUUAACUCAUGUUAUUGAAGGAUUUGUCAUUCAAGAAGCAUCAGAACCAUUUACUGUUAAUCGUUCAAGUCUAAAUGGAAUUGGUAAUCAAGAUAAUUUAAUAAAUAAAAAUAAUCAAAAUAGCAAAGAAUCCAAUGAUGAACCAGCAAAUAAAAAAAAAAAAAAAAAUUCAUCAAAUCAUUCAAAUGACAGUGGUGAUGGUACACCAGGAAAAUGUGAAAGUUGUGGUAUUCCACUUGAUGAUAAUAUUAAAUUUAAAAAAGAUAAAAGAUAUUGUUCUUCAGUAUGUUCAAAGAGUAAAAAGCGUGAAGCCAAAGAACGAGAACAAUGGACAGAUAUUGAAGUUGAUUUAAAGAAAAAUGAUAAUGAUUCAUUGAAAAAAUUAAAUAACAAUAAUGUUAAUAAUAUUAAUAACAUUAAUAAUAAUAUAAAUAAUAUUAUAAAUAAUUUGGAUGAAAGAUCAACAGCAGCUUCAACACCAACAAUGGACGAUUCAAUGAUUAGAAUAAAUCCAGUUAAAUGGACAGUAAAUGAAGUUUGUGAUUUUAUUAAAAAUUUACCAGGAUGUUCUGAUUAUGCUGAAGAUUUUGCUAUACAAGAAAUUGAUGGUCAAGCAUUGAUGCUUCUAAAAGAGGAUCAUUUAAUGUCAGCAAUGAGUAUUAAACUUGGUCCAGCAUUAAAAAUUGUUGCUAAAAUUGAUUCAAUGAGAAUUGAUACUAGUAUUUCAACAUCACCAUCAUCAAACAGUUCUUGAAUAACUUUAUAAUUUUAAAUAAUAGUCUAAUUUUUUUUUUUUUUUAUUAUUAUUAUACUUUAGUUGUUUGACAAUUUACAAACUGUAUAAAUUAUUAUAAUUAUUAUUUUUAUUUUGUUAUAAAUAAUUAUUAAGAUAAAAAAAAAAGGACGAAUAACUGCCGCUAAAAUACUG